GAAAGGAAAAAAAAAGCCAUGGCUCUGUAUUAUGAUGAAGAUGAUGAGAGGGAAUAUUACGAAUUUGAACCGCUUCCUACGCUGUUAGAGGACGAGGAGAAUGUGUCACUUGCUGACAUACUGUCAUUAAGAGAUAGCUGCCUAAAUGAAGAGGAUAUCUGGGCAGCCUGCCUGGAAUGUUGUUUGUCCAUGAAGAGCAUCUCCCACACUCCACUCUUUCAUACACUUUGCAUCACCCCAGACACUCUGGCUUUUAAUGCAAAUGGCAAUGUAUGCUUCAUGGAGCAGCUUAGUGAUGAUCCAGAAGGUGCCUUUGUUCCACCAGAAUUUGACGAAACUGGCAAUACCUUUGAGGCACAUAUUUAUUCUUUGGGAGCAACAUUAACUGCAGCAGCUGAGUAUGUGAUAGAACCAGAACUGGAGCCAGACCUCAGCCAAGAAUUGAGAAAUCUUCUUGACCAAAUGCAACAGGAGAAACCUGAAAAUAGACCAGAUAUUGAGAGUAUCCUCAGCAAAUGUGAAGAAAAAACAAAGUGUUCCUCAGAUAUUAUCUGCCGUAAUCUCUCUGCCAUAGGUCGACGAGUACUUUCAAUUGAAUCUGUUGGUGCUUUACAAGAUGGCUGUGAAGAGACCUGGAAAGUGAAAAAACGGCAGGCCGGUGUAGGAUAUGAAGUCCAAACAAGUGAGCGAAACCCAGCAGAUGGUUCAUCGAGCAGUGAGGACCUGGCAUAUGAUCGAAGCAUUUUAAAUGAUGGAACAACAGAGGCCAUUUGCAGAGCUGAGAACUAUGAUUACGAUGUCGAUAAAAAUUCAACUGAAGUUAAUGAGAUUUUCCAGCAAGGCUUGGAAUACCCAAGUUCAGCAGAAAUCUGGGAUCGAAAGAAAAAAGAACUAGGCAAUGAUCCUGAAGAGACAGUUUUAGAUAUGAAAAACAACGGAAGUAAUGUCUCCAGGGAUUUGUCUUCUCCACAAAAAAGGACAGUAACUAAAAAGAGAAUUCUUCCAAAGCUGCCAACAGAGAUGGAAGACGAGUCCCAAUAUUUUUAUCGUUCUAAAAGUGGAAUUGGUGGCCCUGUCACACCCACUCCAUCACCUCUUUCACUUUCUUUAUAUUCUGAUAGUGCCCAAGAAUCUUUCUCUUUACGAGACACCGCCAGCAUAUGCAGUACUGUAGAAUGGCCUCAGAAGCUACAAUUUAGGACUAAGAAUAAUGUAGUUUCUUUUGUUGAAAAUAACAGCCUUCCAUCAAAAAGGUUGAACAUCUCUGAUAUAGAAGCAGUACAUAAAAGUAGUUGUAUCCCUGCUUCAGGUAGGUUUAGAGAACUAUCACCGACAUCUCCCUCCAUAUCAGGGAACAUGUCUUGGAAUAAAAACCUCAAAAAUGAAGUCUCAGCAAUUCAAAAAAGCCAAAUUGACUCUCUUACUUCUAAUGGAAUAUUAUUGAAAGAUGGUCCAGUAUUUAGAAACGGCAGGGGGAGUUCUUUAGGAAUAGAAGAGAAUUAUUUUCAUUGCAUACACAAUAAUGUUUCAGUUGAAGAGAGAGUUACUGGUUGUCAUCAUAGAAGUGAUUUCAAACAAAGAAGGUCUACCAGCGUAAGUGACUUAUCAACUGAGAAUGUCAAGCUGUUUGGAUACAUCACGCAACACAAUCAAGAGGAUGAGCCAAGGGCUCCCAUUGAUUCCACUGAAAACAACUGUGCAGACUUUACUUAUGACAGGCAGUGCUUUUCAUUACGAGAGCUACUAUCUAUGGAUGAUAAAACAUUAAAGGAUCAUGAACUGUGGUCCUUGUGCUACGAGUGUUUGAUCAGUUUACAACUGGGUAAAGAUUAUCCAGCCUAUUUGUGUUUAGAGUCUGUAUACAUUGACUGCAGUGGAAAAGUCUUGUUUGUAGCAACACCAAGUAAAGAAACUUUUGAUUCAUUUUAUUUGGCACCCGAAUUUGAAAAACAAAGUGUUGUCACUGAGAAGGUCUGUGUGUAUGGAGUUGCAGCAAUUUUAUGGACAGCAGCUAAAUUCAAUGCCCCAGCAAAUGAGAAGUUAUCAUUGUCAAGAAGUCUAAAGAAGCUGCUACUGAGUAUGGCCAAAAGGAACUCUGCAGAAAGACCUUCUGUUAAAGAGGCGCUGAAGAUUUGUAAUGAUUAUCUUGUUCAUCGAGGAAUUGCCAGCAGGAAGAUUUUGACAUUGCUGAGGAAUUCUAUUCUGCAGAACCAACACAAAGAAGAUGCAUCUGUCAGUGGAAUGGAAUUCCAAACGGAGGAAAUUGAACCUUCUCAUUCUCCAUUGGGAAAUAUUGAUUGCACCCAGGAAUCACCCAGAUUAGGAUUUGUACCUCUUGCUGGUGACAGUAAGCUGACAGCUGUAAAGGGCCCAAUACCCUGUCAGUAUUCUGUAAACAGCAAAUCCCCUUCCAAACUUCCAGAGGCCUUCACUUCCCCAGCCACCCAUUUCAAACCUAUAAUACUCACACAGCACAAAGAGAAAACAAGCACUAAAAUGCCAACCAAUACCCCAACAGCAAAGCAGCUUGUUAAAGCUAUGAAACACGAAAUUCAGAAGAACAAGGGAAUGGUAUCUGUUAAGGAUAUUGAAAAUGACAUUGUUAUGGAAAAAUCUACAAUGGACUUUGGAACUGAAAGUAUUGAAAACAACACAAACAGAUCAAUAUGUUUGGUAUCUUCAGGUCAAACUAUUUCACCUUGUAAUGUUUCUCACACAACUGAAGGCAAAACAGAUAAUAUAUCAAAAACUCUUUCACAAGCUCAAAAAACAAAUUCUAGUUUUUGUUGCUCAGCUGUCUCCACCUUUCCAGCAAACAAUAGUAUUCUUCAUCAGACUUCCAAAUCAGAAAUGCGAACUUUAGCGCCAAUUCAGUCGGUAAUGCCAGAACAAGAUGUUCCAUCUGACGAUAAAAUGAAGAAUUGCUUCCGAGAACCUGCUGUACUUUUAAAUACGGAAUCUGACAGACACAGUGGGGACUCUCUUAAAUUUGUCACAUCCCCCUUGCAGGACACAUCCACCCAUAUGAUUGGGAGCAAUGAGGAUUUGAAAGCAAAGAUCAAAAAGUUCCCUGGAUCAGAACCUUCUAAUGAUGAUUUUAAUGGAUCUGUAGAUACUGAGGAUGUUGCCUCAAAUUCACCAUUAUCUAACAAAUGUUUAUUUACGCAAGAAACAUUGAGGACUGGAAUUCAAGCCAAAACAUUCACUCCCAUUCCUCACCUAACAGAAAUCUCAGAAGAUGUCCAUUUGUCUUCUUCACACAUCUUGUCUUGUUCUUUGGAUGCCCACAUGGCAAUAAAGUCAUCAAGCUCAAAUUCAAUCUGCCUUUUACAGAAAAUAGUACAUCUGAUACAAGAGGAGUUUGCAUUUGAUGGUUACCUAGAGAAUGGAGAGGAAGCUCAAGCCAUGGGGGAGUACAUUUUAUCCUUGAACCGCCUUAAAUUUGGUACAUUCACCAAUGCUAUAUCAGAGAAGUUUUGUGAUCUCUACUGGGAUGAAAAACUAUUGGAGCAGCUUUAUGAAGUAGUUAAUGGUGAUUCUCCUCCACUGUCACGGCUUACGGUAAGGUCAAACACAGGAUCUGGUCUGACAUUACCAAAGAUGAAUAAGAAAAAUCGAAAAUCGCCUAUUCAUGGAACAGAGAGGAGUAAAGACAUUCGGGAGAAAAAUCUACUUGUGUCAGAAGAAAAAAUAGCUGAUAUAGAUGAAACACUUUCUGACAAUCUAUAUUCAGAUGAGGAAGACCAGUUGCACAGCAACACUGAAGUGAUCCCUGGGCAUGAUGUUAACAGUAUAAUACCUGAUGCAAUGGAUUCUAAGGAAACUGCAUCAGACAUUUCUAAGGAGGAAGGAACUUUAUUUCUGAUUGAAAAUACGCUGCAUGUUGAAACUUGUACUAUAAGUGAGAAUUUGAAAGAGAGAUGUAAUGAAGAGAAGGAAGAAACUGAAGGCCACACAACAGAAGUGCCUGAAGCCAGACUUUCUGUCGCUCUCUGGCCCACUUUGUCGAACAUGGAGAGAAAGAGUUGCAACCCAGGUUGGAGCAGCGCAUUUUUUGGAAUGGAAUGUUUUAACCAGGAUGUCAAGACUUAUGUAAAGCAACUAGGUCAACAUAGCUCCAGUGAGACGCAGAACAUAGAAGCAAAGAUGUUGGAACUUAAUCAACAGUUGAUGAUGGAAACAAAGGAUUUUAGAAAAACUAAAACCUUCUACCAGAAACUUCAGCAACAGGAAAGAAGAAGCAAAGGAACAGACACGAAGAUAGUAUUGCCCAAACUAAAAGAGCAGCUUGAAGAAGUGAAGCUGAAGGUGGAGUUCCUUGAAUUGGCAAAAAAAUAUCUUGAGGUAUUGCAUAUGGAACAGUGGGGCCUGAACUCCUCUGUGCUUCCUUCAUUGGUCAGCUCGUCAUCCCAGACUGACAUGUUGGAACUCAAAUCCACUGAUAUUAAUUCUCUCCUCACCUUCCACUCUCUGAAGGACGAUCAGAGCCAUAGCAAUAUCAGACUACAAAUGCUUCAGGCUGGUACAACAAUGGGUUUGAUGGCUUACCUAUACAACAGCAAUGCAGUAAUAGAAGGCUACAUUCAACAGUUCUUUUAUACCUUUCGUUAUUUUACAUCACCCAGCGAUUUGUUUCAGUUUCUAACUGAUCGAUUUGACAGUGCUGCCCAUAUCAGUCUGAACCAGAAAAGAUCAACUGAUUGCAUCAAGGUGCUGAACCGAACUUUAGAUCUACUCCAGGGCUGGGUUGAAGAAUGUUACAAUGUGGAUUUUGCACAAGACAUUGAACUCGUACACAAACUGGAAAUCUUCAUUUCCACAAAGGUUAUUCCAUAUGACGAUCGGGGUCAGCAUUUAGCUAACUUGCUUCACACAUGCUCGAAGGCUAAAAUGGUCCAUAAGUUGUCUCACUUAAGCUUCAGUGCAGAAGACAUGAAGAUUGAAGAGGACAUUCAAUCGCUUCACUCAUUCUCCAAAAAGCUUUCAGAAGAAAAUAUUUCCAGAAAGAGCUUUAAAUGGAAGAUUAGUAAAGGAAGCGAGUCCACAAGCCCUCAGCACAAGGAGAGAUAUUACACCAUUGCAGCUGCAUUACCAAGGCCCUGCUACAGUAGUUUUGCAGCAGAAUUGUCAGGCUCUUGCCAGAAACUUGAUGAGAAAGGGCUUUCCAUGUUGACUGAGUACAGCCCACAGCAUACAGCCCAGCAGCUGACCUUGUUACAACAGGAAUUGUUCCAAGAUUGUCACCCUGUUAAUUUUCUCAAUUCAAGAGCAUUUGGGGUUAAAGACAAAUCUCCAGCAGUCACAAAAUCAGUUUCUCCGGAACCAGUGGUUAUAGAGGGUAACAGUUUAUUUGUGCCAGAGUACAGACAGGAACACUAUCUUAUUCAGCUGAUUAAAUAUGCAGACAAUGUUGGCAACUGGGUUUCUGCUGAAAUUGUCAAUUGUGACACAUCUAAGACACAAAAUGGACUGAUAACAAAAUGUUUAUUGAUGGCAAAGUGUUGUUAUGAAUGGAGAAACUUCGCUACAGCAAUGCAGAUUCUCAGUGGACUGGAAAAUCUGAUCGUGCGACAAUUGCCUGCCUGGAAGAACUUGUCUUCAAAGGCACUAGAAAUUAUGGAGGAACUGACUGCUGUUCAGGUUUUCCUGAAGAGUGACAGCCUGUGUCUAAUGGAGGGAGAUAGCUUCAGGAAGCAACCUACAAUUCCAUGUGCUUGCAUUUUGGCAAUGCAUGUCCAACAAGUAGAAAUAGGUUCUUUUACCAUGGCUAAUGGAACAUACAAAUGGCCCAAGCUAAGGAAAAUAGCAAAAGUAGUAAGUCAGAUUCGAGCAUUUCAAGAAAAUCCCUAUGUGUUCACCCCAGAUUCGGAGAUGCAGAUGUAUCUGAGACAUCGAAUAUCCCAUUUCAGUGAAGUAGAUAUCCAUGUUCUUGCUGCAGAAAAUAAAACUAAUUUCUAUCAGUCAUCAAAUGAAUUGCAUUCUCGCAAGAUUCAAGACACAUUGCGCAAAGUAAAAGCAACAUUUCAGUGAGAUGCUAAAUUUCUGGUCUGUUCUUCAAAGAACUUGAAUUUAUUUUGAUGGUAAGGUCGAGCUAUAGUGUUACAAUGAUGUGUGUCAAUAUCAGGAUUAUUGGUUUAAUCAGUCAUGAUGAAUGGCACUUUUGAAGAUUUCUUUAAAUUUCACCAAUCAGUGAUUUGUAUGAACCAAUUAGAUUGCACUUUAUUGUAUGAUAAAACUGUAUCUUAUUAAAGCAUCACUAUACUAAAAAUAAAUGUUUGAAGACUCACAGCAACCUGUAUUUAAUACACAGAGAACUGUCCAAUUUCUCUCGUCCAGAAAUGGUCUUCAUUUUCCAUUCCUUCCUCCCACCCCCACACACCAAAAAAAAUCAAGCACCUUCAAAUGUGGAGGCAUUACAAAAUACAAAGAGGUCACUAUAAAUCUGAAGUUUGUGUUCACCCAGUUUAUAUUGAGGGUGGCAUACAUGGAAGAAAUAGACACUUUGUAUUCUGUGAAGCGCUUUGAGACAUCUCGACAACAUGAUAAGGUGCUAUACCAAAUGCAAAGAUUAUUAUUUAUUAUUACUUUUGCCCUAAUCACUCCUAUGCACAUCAUUUUCCCCAUCCAUUUUGGCCUAUGUGACUGAAGAUAUUAUCAAUUGGAUAUUGGAGAGGAAUUAAGUGUUUCAAUUCUUUGAAAUCUGGAGUUUUUCCUUAACAUACCAACAUACUUGAUGUAUUUUAUAGUCUAGAAAACUGUUAUGUUGCACAUACUUUCCUUUUCUACUUUUUAAUGCCUGCUAAAUUAUUGAACUCCUGUAUUGCCUCUGACACAUUAAAGUGUCUGACAGGAGGAAUGUCCCCACGUCAUGCAUGCAAGGGAAGGCAACACGUUUUGUUGUGGAGUACCUCAAACCACUUAUCUGAGUGUACCUCAAUCAUUCAAGAGUAGCCUGGCUGAGAUAAGCAAAUUGCUAUGCGGGUAAUUAUAUAUAUAUAUAUGAAGCCAUGUCCUGGCACUCCACAACACCUAUUUCAUAAAGGAGCAAUCAACACAAUUAUUGAUAAUAAUUGUUUCAUCUAGCAUAAAUACAAUGUGUAGUCAAAAACUAAAUGUUUCAAGAGAAUUAAAAAGGAAAUGUUAGCAUAGCUCUUAUUUGAAGCUAUGUGAAGAAUAUUUUUGCAUCUGAAAUAUUCACUUCUUAGAUCCAAUAGUGUGGUAGCAUUAAUGUCAAACUGUACAGCAAAUGAACAAAGGUGCAUAUGAGUUUUUUGGGAUAUGUGUUGUGUACGCAUGAAGUGGUAUACCUUUCAAAAUAAUCGUGAUUUUCACAUUUCAAUUAACUCACCAAAUAAAUGUAAUGUUUUGAUCUGAUUUUUCAGUAUGUAGUUUAGUAUGUAAGAUUGAAAGAGCAUGAGAUAUUUUAAUCAUGAUCUCACCAAAUAUUGUGCAACUCUCUGAAAUCAUCCCUCACCGUUUGUAUUUGAAUGAUGUACACCACUGAGAUGCACGUUUUAAAUGUACUUUAUAAAUGAUUUUUUUAAAAAUAAAUUUUAAUUCCUGUAAUCCUUAAGCAUUGAAUUUGUUAUGUUUGCAAUUUGCAUGAAAUAAAGCAUUAUUAAG